AUGGACGCGGCCUUGAAGGAGCUCGCAAAACUAGAGAAACUGGUCUCCGGUGGCUCGUCUAAGGGAAAGUCACCCAGCAUUGAUGACUCCUUGGAUUCCCUAUUAUAUUCGCUCCGUGAAGUGAAGGAUCGACUUCAAGCGGGAACUGCUACAGAUGAGACAUUCAACAUCUUAGCGAAGACAGCGGAUAACAAGAAGAAAGAGGUAGAGGAUAGACAGAAAGAAAUUUAUAACACUUUAGGGAAGGUUGGCAAAGCGUUGGAUAAGAAAUUCUCUGCGCAACUUCCUUCCUACGACCCAUUGUUUUCGUCUCCAGAAGCUCAUGCUGCCUUAGAGCAUACUAUUGCACUUCACUUCCUCCGUAUAGGUCAGUUUCACACCGCUGAAACGUUUAUCGAGGAAUCAAGCGCAAGCAUCGACCCUAAUAUGCGCACGCACUUCAUCGAACUGGACCGCAUUAUCAGCGCUCUCAGAGCACAUGAUAUCGAACCUGCUCUAGCGUGGACAAGCCGGAAUCGAAAAUUUUUGGACAGCCGAUUGUCGCCUCUCGAGUUUCUCCUUCAUCGUUCACAAUAUGUCCGUUUGCUGUUAUCUUCUCCCUCAGAUGUGUCUGCUGCACGUUCCUACGCCAUGACCGAAUUUCCCUCGUACUACUCUCAGCAUGGCGCGGAAAUUGGGCGACUCAUGGCAUGUAUGGUAUAUCACCGCCGGUUACACACGUCCCCUUAUGCGGAUCUCGCUUCCUCAUCCCUGCACCUUGACCUAGAGCCAAUGUUCGCUACUGAAUACUGUGCGAGCUUAGGAAUGAGCAGGCAAGUUCCUUUAAGGGUGAUUGGCGAUCUUGGAGGCGGUGGUGCGCUAGCCCGCAUAGAGAAGGGCCGGAAAUUGAGUCCUCACUAUUAUGCUCCUGGUAUAGUCUAA